UUUGCUGGUACGGAACGCUGUUCCUUUGCGGGUUCGUGGGUACCACCAGGCACAGAUAUUAUAUAAAGAUUCAGGCAUAGACAAGUGCGCGUGCUCUGUCCGUGCGCUUAGUUCAUCAGUGUUGAGCAGUGUUGAGUGAGUGCGUGUGAGCGAGUGAAUAGUGGGACGUGCGUGACUUAAGGACCUGUAGCAAGGUGUGUUAGUUAAUUCCACUUGGUCUGUCGACAUCGCACAAUUAUUGAAUUUCCACAAUGUCUGAAAAGAAAACUAGUCCUAUUAAAUAUUUCGUGUCCGGUGGGUUUGGUGGAGUAUGUACUGUAAUAACCGGCCAUCCUUUUGACACCAUCAAGGUGCGGUUGCAGACUAUGCCCAAACCAGCUCCUGGGGAGCAACCACUUUACACAGGAACUGUCGAUUGUGUGAAGAAAACUGUGCAGAAAGAAGGUUUAAGAGGACUUUACAAAGGAAUGGGUGCUCCUAUUGCCGGAGUAGCCCCAAUAUUUGCUCUAAGUUUCUUUGGUUUUGGAGUUGGCAAACGUCUGCAGCAAAGAACACCUGAAGAGAAAUUGACUCUACCUCAACUCUUUGCUGCUGGAGCUUUCUCUGGCAUUUUCACUACAAUAAUUAUGGCCCCAGGAGAGAGAAUCAAAUGUUUGCUUCAGGUUCAGCAAGCUGGUACUGGUCCUGCUAAAUACAGUGGACCAGUUGAUGUGGUGAAGCAGUUGUACAAAGAGGGUGGCAUGAGGAGCAUAUACAAGGGAUCAGUUGCAACGCUCCUGCGAGAUGUGCCAGCCAGUGGAAUGUAUUUCAUGACAUACGAUUGGCUUCAAAGAGUGCUUACUCCGGAGGGUCAGGAUGCAAAUAAAAUUGGAUUACUUAGCACUAUUUUUGCUGGAGGUAUGGCUGGAGUUGCCAAUUGGCUGGUAGGAAUGCCUGCUGACGUCUUAAAAAGUAGAUUGCAAACAGCUCCUGAGGGCAUGUACCCCAACGGUGUAAGAGAUGUAUUCCGUUCACUGAUGAAAGAGGAAGGUGUCACUGCCUUGUACAAAGGCUGCGCCCCUGUGAUGCUACGUGCUUUUCCAGCAAAUGCAGCUUGCUUCAUGGGUUUCGAAUUUUGUAUGAAGUUCCUGAAUUUUGUUGCUCCAAGUCUGUGAUACGCCUAAGCCAUUUGUGCCUUUAGUAGAAUGUAAAAAUUUCAGUUUAGUUUUACAAGUAAAUAUAUUAGAAAUUUUUGCAAAAAGUUGGUUUAUUAAACAAAUCUUAUACUACUGCAUCAAAAUACUUGGACAUUUUAUUUUCAUUGUUCUGGAAUUAUGAAAUAAUGUGGUUUUGUUGUGUAUUUCAUACCAUCUUGUAAAGUGCUUCAUAAAACUAAAAAUGAAAAGUCACCCAGAUGUGGUCAUACAGAUUUUACAGAGCUGUUUUUACAUUUUGUUACAUACAUUGUUAAAUGUGUUUGUAAUAUCAACAGAAGAAAGAAAUCUAUUUUCUGCCUCCUGUAGAUUUGUUAUUGCUGGUUCUUUUAGGAUGUAUAUAUAUAUAGAAGAUUCAAUUGCAACUAACAAUUCUAAGUCAAAAUCACCUGUAAAUAGGGAUUAUUACAGUGUAUAUUAUUCUACACUAUUCAAAUAUUUAAGUAUGUUUGAUUCAAUUUUUAUAGGAGUGUACAAAUGAACAAUAUACCCCCUGUACUUUCACGUUGUUUAUUUCAAUAUUUUACUAGAUAAUCGCUUAAUGUUCUUGAAAUUUGAGCCCGACAUGAAGUUUUGAGUUACAUUAUUUAUAAAGUGGUGCUACUUUCAUUGCUCAAUGCACACUAGUGCUGGAAUUUCAUUAAGUGAAAAUUUAAGAUUGUUGUUCAAUAAUGAAUCCUGCUCUGAUAUUCUGCUUACAUUAAAUGAAAUGUUUGUUUGUUAGUUUUUAUUUCGCUUUAUAUGUACCUUGUGCCGAAUCCAAAAAUAUGCAGUUUACAUGCUCAUUGAUCUUUGUCACUUUUCAGAAGCCAAACAAACGAUGAAGUGGGUGAAUUUUUAUUUAACAUAUCAAUAAUUUCAUUCGUAUGCAGUAUAAUCUGCUCUUGACCAUAGUCAUUAUUUUUAGGUGAUUGAAGCCUCUAAUAUUAUGUUGUAUUGUAUUGAAGUUCACCGAUAUUGUUUGGUUGACUGACCAUGACACUGUUCUUUCUUCUUCCUCAAUGAAAGUAUUUGUGGCUGAAAAUAUUUUGCCAUUGUCUUGUAACGUGUAGGAGAAAAGUUACUGCCACAUUUUUCCUUUAUAAGCAAAAUGUAUUGUAAUAUUAUUAAUAAUAUUAUUAUUAUAGCAGCUAAGAGCUCAAACUUGGGGAAAAGAUUUUCUUAUUGACAAGUUAUUAAAUGUGAUUGUAAAACUAUGCCAUCCCAAAGCUGUCUUUUUUUUGGUUGAAUAUGAUCAUUCAUUACAUAAUCUUGCCUACGAUAUAUGUAAUAUGUUUCUUGUUGUCUCUUAAAGCAUUUCUUUUUAAAUGAACUCAUUUGUGAUUGUUCAAGGGAUGUGUAUUUUAUUAAACUUUCAUUUUGUUGAAUAGUAAGAACUUGUUUGCAGUUCAUUAAAAGUUUAGUUCCAGUUACAAUGGAUGUUUGAAACCUUAUUAUAUAAAUUGCACUUUUUUAUGUACAUUCAAGUUCUGUGUAAAUGUAUUGUGUAAACCGACUGUGCCUUUAAUUGCUUCUAGGAUUAGGACUUGUGUAGGAAAUUUUGUGAGAAAAUAUAUUUUUCAGUACUAUUGGUGUAUUUUAAUUUC